UACGUCAUCAUGACAUCCCUUCGAAGAAUCCCCGCCCCUCUACACCAGUAGCGGAAGUUCUGUUGAUAUUCUUGGACAGCAAGUGCACCCCUUACAGUGUAUGUGUGGCAACAACAUGUCUCUGCCGCUGCUUGCCGAGGCUGUGACGGUGUCCGGGACAGAGAAGGAGACCGCUGCGGUGAUCUUCCUUCAUGGUUUGGGUGACUCAGGGCACGGCUGGGCAGAUGCCAUGACGGCUAUCCGACUGCCACAUGUAAAGUAUAUCUGUCCCCACGCGCCCAGAAUCCCCGUCACUCUCAAUAUGAAGAUGACCAUGCCCUCAUGGUUUGACCUGAUGGGUCUCAGCCCAGAUUCUCCAGAGGACGAGGCUGGCAUCAAGAGGGCAGCGGAGAACAUCAAGGCCAUAAUCGACCAUGAGGCAAAGAAUGGGAUACCCGCCAAUCGUGUGCUGCUUGGAGGGUUCUCUCAGGGUGGGGCUCUGUCCUUGUAUACCGCUCUCACCUGUCAGCAGCAAUUGGCGGGCGUGGUCGCUCUCAGUUGCUGGUUACCGCUUCACAAGAGUUUCCCACAGGCGGCGAGCGCCAGUGGGAACCGAGACAUGGCCAUACUGCAGUGUCACGGGGAGAUGGACCCCAUGAUCCCAGUGCAGUUUGGGGCCAUGACGGCCGAGAAGCUCAAGGUCAUAGUCAACCCUCAGAAAAUCACCUUCCGGACCUACCCGGGACUCAUGCACAGCUCCUGUCCUCAGGAGAUGGCAGCAGUGAAGGAAUUCAUUGAGAAGCAGUUGCCCCGAAUCUGACCUCACCUCAACCCCACUGUGACCCUUAGACACUGACUUCUCACCUCUGACCUGCCAUUCUCCCACUGGAAACAGCCAUGAGCACUGCCCCCUCCCUCCCCAUACAUACACAGUAAUACUUACUUUCACAUAUCAUCGUCAUAUACACAUAAUACAUUUCAUAAAAAUCCAACCAACGCACAUCAUACUGGACACACCAUUUAUAAACGCACAUUUUGUUAACACACUGAAGUGCACACACAAGUCUUACCUUUUUGAGCGAGAAUCACGCACUCACACAGUACAUUCCCCUGGGAUUCUUUUCUCUCUUAUCCAACCCGCCAUUGUCCCCUCUUUCUUUCUCUCAAUCUCUCUCUCCUCUCAUAACCUCCACUCCUGUUUCCCUUCUAUGCUGUGUGUGUCAGUGAGUCAGUCAGUCAGUGAAGCAGUCAGUGUGCAGGUGGCCUUGUUGCUAGAUGCCACCCGGUGUCAGAGAGCCUGGCUCAGGUUCAGCAGCCUGUGGUUCUGGUCCUCAGGCCCCGAGGUCUGGAGUGACUCUGGUGCCGUCUGGAGUGACUCUGGUGCCGUCUGGAGUGACUCUGGUGCCACGCUGCUCUGCAUGCUAUUCCCAAUGGGUUCACGGCCACUGGCGGGGCUGUGGUCACACCCCAGCUACUCAUGGGAUGCCCCUGUUACUCCUGGGCGGCUCUACUUGUGCUGAUUCUUCAAAUAUCUGACAUUAUUACAACAACAAAAAAUGAAAUAAAGGAACUAUGGAUCAUUACUUUUGCCACCAUCUUCUGUUCUUUACCACAAUUUAGGGCUAUUGAUGAUGUGGAUAAAGUGUACAUUUUAUGAUUUAUUUUGUUUGACAUGAAUGGGAAUGAUAACAAAAAUGAAGUGGCAGGAUUUCAUAAAAAUCUAUUGACUGAUAAAGAUUAAAAUGUUGAAUUUCAUACACCUUAAAUGGCUUUUAAAAAAUCCUAGGAAUUAUUUUAGCUGCCGGUUCGUCUAUUGCACAAAAUAAAUAGUCAGCGAAGCUAAACCUAGAUUGGUGAUGUCUCACACCAGAUGGAACCAGACCAGGACAUUGUGUAGUAGACACAACUUGACUCAUUUGACUGCAGCUCUUCCUAGCCGUUCCCUCUCAGCAUCUAGCAUUUGACCAGUGAACCAAGUUCCAUUCCAUCCAUGUGUCCAGCACACAUCAGUUUCAGCUCUCACGCUGACAGGUCAUUUUUUACUGUCGAGCAAAACUAUUUACUCAUUUGACAACUUACUGGCACCCACUAGUAAAGUGUGAAAAGGUCAGAGUUAACUCUGAAAAUGGGUAUACACUGGGAAGGCUUUGAUAGAAAAAAGCUGUUCCUUUUUAAUGGAAGGGUGAUUUUUUGAAAAGCAUUCAUCUUGAACAACUUGUGGCUCUUGGGUGUAUGACUUUAACUCUGAGUUUGUGUGCUAAAAUAAGGUGUCCUGUAUUUUCCUUCUGUCAAUGUUUUCUCUCUUUAUGAUGACCUAUUCUGUGUUACUGAAACCUAAUUUAAAAGGGUAGACAUUGGAGAAUAAAAAAUCUGUAUUGAUUGUUCUGCUAUUUAAUGAAUGUCUCUUACUCCCUAAGUUGUCUGUUAUUACAUCUUUCCCCAUGUCAUCUUCCUUGACCCAACACAUCUGUUGUUACUUUUCACUUGUACUAGUGGGCUACAUUUUGUAUUCUUUUCUCUGUUACUUUCUCUUUUAUUUGUCUUCCAUCCCUUUUUGCCCUCUAGUCCCAUCCUAUCCCCUAAUUCCAUGUGGGACAAGGUUGGAUAAAGUGUCUCAUGUGUUCUCCUGAGUUGUACUUUGUCUUUUGUUUGAAUUUUUACGGUUGUGACUCAUUUUGAUUUUGUCAUUUUGUCUCAAUGUGUUUGGUCACUUUGUCAUCUCAUCUUUGUGUCUUUUUAAUUUGACUGGCUAAAACAUGUUGAGCGACUGUUGGUCCCUCAGGUUUAUUUUUCCGAGACACCUGUAUGUGUGUAAUAAAUGAUUAAAAUAA